CAAUUUGUGUGGUUUUGAAUCACAAAGUACUGUUUCUCCAAUAGAUUGAGAUCUAGUAGGUGGUGUAAGAAAAAUGGGGAGGAUGGAUUAUUUGGCUAUGAAGACUGAUGAAGACACUAACAAAUUGAUUAAUGAAGAUCUUAAUGAGCUGAAGUUAGCUGCUAAGAAGUUACUUGACCAUGCCACCAAGCUUGGUGGUCUUGGUUUUGGUACUGCUUUCCUCAAAUGGUUUGCCUCAUUUGCUGCCAUUUAUUUGCUGAUACUGGACCGGACAAACUGGAAGACCAAUAUGCUGACUGGACUUCUAGUUCCAUAUAUCUUCUUCAGUUUCCCUUCAGUGCUAUUCCACUUUUUCAGAGGAGAGGUUGGAAAAUGGAUUGCUUUCGUUGCGGUAGUACUCAGGCUUUUCUUCCCACGACAUUUUCCAGACUGGUUGGAGAUUCCUGGUUCAUUAAUCCUACUCCUAGUGGUUGCACCCAACCUUUUUGCCGAGACUUUCAGAAACAGUUGGGUCGGCACUGUGGUGUGUCUUCUGAUUGGCUGCUAUCUCCUCCAAGAACACAUCAGAGCCUCUGGUGGAUUCAGAAAUUCCUUCACACAAAGCAAUGGUAUAUCCAACACAGUUGGUAUUAUCCUUCUGUUGGUCUAUCCAAUCUGGGCUCUGGUACUCCGAGUCGUUUGAUGAACUAUGGCUGCAACAAUUAUCUGUGUUUUGGUCGACGAAUUUCAAUGUUCAAUGCUGCGUGCAGACCUCUUUCUUUACUGUUGAAACAAUGAAUAAAGGAUUGUUAUAUGGAUUUGGUUUUGUUCUGGACGAGGUUUAAACAUUUCUGGUUAAGUGCUUAUGUACUUUUGACCUAUCACUACUUAUGAUCAAUGGAUUUUGUGAAGUUUUCUUCACA